GUGUAUAUAUAUUGAUGAGAGAGAAAGACAGACCCAUUACAUGUAUGAGAGAGAGAGAGAAAGUGAGCAGCUUUUGCUUUUUAAUGCUCCCCAUUUCAUCUCUACCGAUUCUUUUUAUUUAUUUAUUUAUUAUCUUUUCUGAAAAUCGUGUACCCUUUUGAUCUCUCACUCUCUCUCUCUCUCUAAAACUCGCUUUCUCUCUCUAGCUAUGCAGCAGCAGCAGCAGCAGAAGGGUGAUGGUGUGCAGGUGAGAUGGCCGUAUUGCUGUUGAUGAUGAUGAUGGCUCAGAGAGAGAGCAAUGCUAAAAACACCAACGACGAAGUUAAACCCACCAUUUUUCAUGACUUUCUGGGUCGGAGCUGUGCCUCCGAUUCGUCUCCUGCUGCGACGGUGAAGCCGGGUGUCGGCGGAGAUGUGCGGGUGUCGGAGGCGUCGCUGGCGGCCUCCGCCUCUGUUGGUGGUUCUUCUGGCGGUGGCCGUGGACCCAUCUCCGCCACUUCUGAUCUGGGUUCUGAUAGACAGGUUGCAAAUCAUUUUGAGGGGGUUCCAUUCUAUGGCCCUAGGAGUGAUCUCACCGGGACUGAGAUGAGUAACCGAUUCGCUGGAAAUAAGCGAAGUAAUUCAGAUUCAGCUUUCACGGGGUCAUCCAGAGAUGGGUUUCCACAAGCGGGACCAGAAUCCCUCGAUGGCUUGCAUUUGAUGAAGAUACUUCGAAAUGCAGGGGGAGAGAGGCCUAGGCAUUCCCAUGAUGAGGCUAUGAUCUUUGGUAUGCAUCCGAUGAGGCCAACUCCAACUUCUCGUGUAUUACAGCCACCUACUCGCAGUAGGACCGAUGCCAGUGGGUCCAAAUGGGAGCGAGCUAUUCCCUUGAACGUGGGCCCUUCGAUGCAGUAUCCUCCACGGGUGGGCCAAGUUGCUACUUUUGGGGGUCAAGUACCUUCAAACAGAUUCAAGGAUGCCAAUUUAGGUCCUUCGGCUAUAUCUCAAACAGCUGCUGAUGAAGGGUCUCGCACUGGAAUUAAAGGGUCUGGAAUUUUGAGCUCCAUUAAUGCUAGCAGUGGAGUCUCUGAUAGAAACCCAUCUGGGGUGCUGCUGCCUGGUAGUAAGCAGAAGUCCGGAACUCAUAAUUCCGAGCCAGAAUCUUUGACUCCGAGACCUAGUCAACAUGGAUCAAUAUCUUCCAGUCGCCAGAUGACUAUAUUUUAUGGUGGUCAAGCCCAUGUUUUUGAUGAUGUUCACCCGAACAAGGCAGAUGUGAUAAUGGCAUUAGCUGGAUCAAACGGAGGAUCUUGGUCCACAACUUUUGUACCAAAAUCUACUGCACCAGUCCCUGGUGAGAGCUACAUACCGAGUGGAGAGAAAGAAACAGGCAUGGCCAGCAAUUUUGCAUCAUCACGGGAAUUUCAAAGGAGGUUAUCCAUGACGGGGACCUCCAAUCAUGGGUUUGGUUCUGGUAAUCAAAUAUCAGUACCCCCAGGGAGUCAUCAAGGCAGCACGACAGCGAAAGAUGGAAAAGCCCCAGUUCAGGUGGAAACCAGGACUGAAGGGAAACAGGAGAGAGUUGAUUAAGCAGAUGGGGGGAUUGCCACUAGACUCAGAAGUUGUCGACUUCCUGUACGCUUUUAGUUUUUGCCAUCCUCUGAUUCUAAACAAGGAGAAACUUUCUUUUCCAUAGGACCAUAGUGUUGUUUUGGUGACAUUUUUAAGGCAUUUCAACUUUGGGUAAUCAAUCAAGACUCAAAUUUCAAGUUUCUUAGUUUGAUCUUACAAAUUUUCUUGAAUUUUGUGAUGAUCCUAUUUUGGAGGCCUCUUUAAAUGUAGGAGAAAAGGCAUUUAGCAGAGAAAGACCUAUGUUUUGUUUUGAUCUCCUAAAUCUCCAAUGGGUUCAUGAACUAUUUUACUAUCAAGGAAGAAUACCAUCUUCAAUUAGUUCUUCAAUGCAA